GAGGACGGCGGCCCAGGCGUCGUGAUGGGCGUGAACCAGCUCAUCGGGGGCAUUCGAGUGCAGCAGUGGCGCGCGGCGACCGUUGAGUGCGUGGGAGCCCAGGCGCUGCAGGACUCGUACAGCGCCUUCAUGAGCUCGAGGUACAACCGAAGCUGCAGGUCCUCGGAGUCGGACUACCAGACCCACGGGAUCGCAGGCGCUACGCGGAUUGGCGCACAGUCGGACGAGGUGGUGCAGGGCCAGUACGCCAACGCCGAUACGGACGCAUACACGUACUGGAUCCUGAACCAGUACGCUGGGGAGCUUUCGUCCCUGGACUACGCGCUGUCCCACGUCGAGGGCCUGCGAGAGAAGCAAUGGCUGACGGCCGCCACGGAGGCGGUGAACGUGGAGUUCGCCAUGUACUGCGGGCAGAUCGGCUACUUCGCGCUGGUCCGCCUGGAGUUCGUGAUGGACCGGGUGGGCGCGUUCACUGCGACCGUCAAGGCGAAUACUCUGCAGACAGAGGUGUGGGGCUCCAUCACGACCGUCUUGUGCGACCUGUGGUUCGUCCUGAACAUUUCGUGGCUUGUCGGGGGCGAGAUUUUCGGGCUCAUUGGGGCGAUCAGACGCAACAAAGUGCAAGAACACGUGAUGCAGUUCUACCGCGUAGUCAACCUGGCCCUGAUAUUCGGAGGCGGUGUGCUGAUCCCGUUCUUCAUGUGGAUGUUUGUGCAGAUCGGCGAAGUGGGGAACGAGCUGACGAGCCUCCUGAACACGGACAGCGGGCAGACAGCCGAGGACGCCCAGGUGUACUUCUCGAGGCUGGACGCCGCCUACGACAACGUGACGUGGAUGACCACGGCGAUACGAUGGAACGAGAUGUCCGCGUUCUGGUACAGCAUGAUAAUGCUGGUGAAGUUUUUCCAGAAUUUUAAUGCGAACGAGAGGUUGGCGGUGAUCACGCGUACGCUGUCCAUGUCUUCCGAGGACCUAUUUCACUUCAUGCUCAUAUUCUUACUCGUAUUCUUUAACUUCAUCAUCGGCGCGCUCUUCCUCUUUGGCCAGACACUCAAAGAAUGGUCCACCCCCAUUCUUGCGACGUGCACCGGUUUUCGGGCCUUGAUGGGCGACUUCGAUUUCCUGGCGAUGUACUACAUCGCUCCAUUCAACGCGACGAUGUGGUUUGUCAUCUACAUGGGGUUCAUCUUUCUGGUCCUGGUCAACAUGUUUGUCGCCAUCGUGAUGGAGGCCUACGCGGAGGUCAAGCACGAGGCUGGCAAGUCGGAGUCGGUCUUCCGCCUCGUGAGAAGGAAUGUGGACCGGCUCACCCAGCAGUUCACGGGCAAGAAGAUGAGCCGCGUACACUCCUCCGAGAGUGGUGCCAGCGGCGCCCAGGACGAGGAAGUGUUCCUGGAGGACCUCCAGGCGAAGAUCGACAGUGCGCAAGGCGGCCUCGACAGGCUCUUCGACGAGAUGUCGGCCUGGCAUGGCACCCCGAGGCCGCCUGCCACGGCGCCGCCCGCGGAGGCGCCACCGGAGCGGCUCCGCCUGUCUGCGCGACUGGACGCGCACCCGGAGUUGCCGGCAGGGGCCACUGAGCACGCAGGGCAGGCCGCCCCAGCGGCGGCCUGGCCGCUGGUCCUGGGGGCUGGAGCGAGACAAGAACUUCUUCUUGGUCAGCAGUCCACCUGGCUUUGCAGGA